AUGGCUCAGGAGAACAAUGUAGAGCAAGAUCUCUCACAUAUACACUGGUCAUGGCCCGAGGCAAUAGCGGCCAAUCCGGCUCGGUCGCUCGCUACGGCCGAUCUGGCGAUGGACUACUUUGCAUACUCGCCCUUCUUCGAUACAAACUCCAACAAUAGCGUCCUGCGAACACAGCGGAGGGUUGAGAACCCGGCAUACGGGCACGCCGAGGAGAAGAUCGAGCUGAACGCCUUCCGGUCCGGCUUUGAAUACAUUAUCGCCCACUCACAGCCUCCCGAGCUGUUUGUCGUGCAUCGCCGUACGGUCCAGCCAGACGGCACGCGAUCUGCCAUUAGUGCGGCGUACUUUAUCCUGCAGGAGAAGAUAUAUCCCACUCCGACACUAUAUGGGGUAAUGUCCGCUCGACUGCGGAAUGCAUCACAUCUCGUCUCCACUACCUUCUCUACCCUCUCCGCAGCACAUCCUCCUGCCAAUCCACGCGCAACAAGCCAAUGGCGCUCCCUUCCCCCCUCCGCGCCAGGUCAACCUGACUCUGCCGUCCCCGCCCCAGGCGCAGCAGAGGAUGUCGAAAUGGCCGACUCCUCCUCCCUUUCCGCUCCCGGCCACGAAACGUCCGGUACUGCCUCCUCCUCCGCACCGCGUAAGAGGGUCGAAGCAAAACAACCCGAUUUCCACCUCUUCAACGCACUCCAAUCUACCCGAAUCGCACUGGGCGACCUAGAAAAUAUGGCGGCUAGUCCCGCGCAGGCGAUAGAUCCAAGGGACGAGCUCCGGGCGCUGGAAGCGCAGAUUAUGGGGAAGCAGAAGGGGACCGCGGCAGCGAGAGGAGGGGCAGGGCAGGGCCAGGGACAGGCGGGGAAGGUAGGGGUAGGAUUGGGAAGUGCGGGGACGCCGAGUGUGAGGAUGCCGCUGGUGGGGAGCUCGCCGGGGGUGUCGAUGGUUGGAGGGAGGGCUAUGAGUACGGCAACGGGUGGGAUGGGGCAGUCGCCUUCUGUGUAUAAUCAAGUCUAA